AUGAAAAAAGAACCCCAGGAAAUCGCAGGCUACACCGUCCUCCCGAUCCAACUCCCCGAAACCCCAUCUGCAGACCCUGCCACGCAUUACCUCUACCUCCGGCCUCAUGAACCACGCAUCCCCGACCCCGACACCCCUCGCUCGCUCUUCGUGGUCAACCUCCCCAUCGACACGACGGAACUCCACCUGCGCCAUUUCUUCGGCACGCAGCUCGCCGCCGGCCGCGUCGAACGAGUCGAGUUCGAAGCCGUCCCGACGAAAAAAACCGGCGGCGGCAUGCAAGUCGCCGCGCAGGGGAACGUGUCGAAGAACAAGAAACGCAAGCGCGUCACCGCCGACGAGCUCCAGAACCAGCUCGACGACAUCGAGCUGCCGUCUACGUGGGACCGUCAGCUCCAGAAGAGCGGCGCGCACGCUGUCGUCGUCUUCGCCGAUAAGCCGAGCAUGGAGGCCAGCGUGAAGGCGGCUAAGAAGGCAUCUAAGAACAGAAAGAAGGAGUCUGCCGUGGUUGUUUGGGGUGAUGGGAUUGAGGACCGGCUGCCGGCUCUUGGCCUCCCCCGGUACUUGCAUCACCAGGAAGCGCGGUUCCCGUCGCGCGCGGAGCUGUUGCGCACGGUCAACGAUUUCAUGACGGUGUUCGAGCAGGUGGCGGAGGUGCGGAAGCGGGACGAGGCGCGCAGGGCCCAGGAGCCCGACGAGGAUGGGUUCAUUACCGUCACCAGCGGGCCGAAGCUCACGUCGACGGCGCACGAGGAGGAAGCCAAGGCGCUGGUGGAGAAGCAGAAGCAGAAGAACCAGGGUCUGGAUGAUUUCUACCGGUUCCAGUCGCGCGAGAAGAGAAAGGAGCGACAGCAGCAGCUGCUCAGGAAGUUCGACCAGGACAAGAAGAAGCUGGACGAUUUGAAGAAGCGCAAGGGGAAGAUCAGGCCGGAGUAA